AUGACUAUCCCGCUGUCCAAUGGCAAUGGCCUCAAUGGUCACGCUCUCCCUUCGCAGCAACAGCAACACACCCUCCCUGUCGUCUCGCAGCAGCCCACCCCUUCUACCUCGACUGGUAUCGCAAAGAUUCUCAUCGUCGGAGGAGGACCAGCGGGAAUUGUUUCUUUGAGGAACUUUUUGCAGGAUGAGUCUGCAGAGGGGGGAAAGGAGGGAUUGGACGCUGUACUUUAUGAGAGGAGGGAAGAGCUGGGAGGGGUGUGGUACCUCGACCCUAGCACUCUGGGCCUAGAGGAGAAGAACGGCUACCCGUCCAACCGCUGGCCCAUAGCCACACCCUCACAGCUCCUCUACCCCUCGCCCAGCUACCCAGCCUUGAUCGGAAACGUUUUUCCCCGCUUCCUCACCUUCUCCGGCCACCCGUUCGAGAAGCCCGCAGAUCAAUAUCCUACCCUCGAAGAGACCUAUCGCUACCUCUCCUCUGUCGCGCGACCACUGAGGAAUCAUGUCCGCACAAAGAGGGACGUCAGACAGGUCUGGGAGCUUCCCUACCUGCCCGCACUCAGCGGCGAGGAAGGUGCUCUGCCUCGCUCUGGUGGCUGGCUAGUGCAUACUGCCGAUCUCUCCACCAAUCCUCCUACGGACCUCUAUGAGCACUUCUCUGCCAUCUCCUUUUGUCCCUCCUUCACCACCCACCCUUCCUACCCAAACAUCCCCGGCCUAGCAGCAGCCAUGCGUCUCGCUCCGCGAAAGAUCCACCACGCUAAGUGGUACCGCACCGUCGAGCCUUUUUGGAGGAGCAAGAAAGUCGUAGUGGUUGGGAAUGGCCUCUCCAGCAACGAUAUUGCUGCGCAGAUUGUGGGCAGGAGGAGGAGGGAGUGGGGGGAGGAAAUGAGAGAGGGCGAGGAGCAGGUGCUCAGGGCGCUGAGGCAUGACUAUGUCGAUAUGUUCCCAUCCCUUCCCGAUGCCCGCUACCGCGACAUCCCGCACGUUACUCGCAUCGAUCUUCGACCGUCGGAUGACGCGUCAGAGCCGUCUCUGGACAUCACACUGGCGUCGGGAGAAGUUGUGACGGACGUAGACCACCUGAUCUGGGGCACGGGAUACCAGAUCGGUGUUUACGAUUGGGUCAAUGUGCUCGCUCGCGAACCUACCCAGUCCGACGUCGCUGCGCUCAGUGAGGCUGGCAUCACUCUAGACGGCGACAAAGGCUGGAGGGUUGAGAGUCAGCUCAACAAGGAGUCUCUGGCCCAAGCCACGACUGCACUUGAGUCUCUUUGGGUCAGGCUCACCCCUCCUGCUAGGUACCCCACUGAGGACAAGGCAAAGUCCGCCCAAGCUCUGCUGCCUACGGUCACCACAUCCUCCCCAAGUCCUGAACCCUUGGACUUGCUGCAGCCAAGGCGGGUGCCACAUCUCCACUCGCACAUGAUGAGUGCACGCAACCCCACCCUUGCGUUCGGUGCCCUCAUUAUCUCUGCCACACCCUUCGUCCUGGCAGACCUGGUGAGUCGAUACAUCCGCCUCGUCUGGGAGGCCGAGCCAUCCAGCGGCAAAGGCCACAUUCUUCCGUCCACCUUCGAGGAACGUCGCAAAGACGAAAUUGUCCGAUUCCACGAGCUCGAGAAGACUCGAGCAGAUCUGGAAGCAGGAAGCGCAGACGCUCUCUCCGGGUCCGAAACGGACGACUCCCGCAUCAAGCCAAAGAAUGUUGUCACUGUCAAUGGCACUGUCCUUCCUGCUUUGCCACCCUCCGGCCUUCUCUCCUUCCACGUACUGCGGGAUCAGGAGUUACCACUGCAGUGUCGCUUCCGAAAUACCUUCUUGCAGUACAAGCCUUGGCUGAGAAAUUUGAUCGGACUCAGAGAUGAAGAGUGGGAUGAGGUGGAGCGAGAAGGUCAUAGGAAAUCGAUGUACUCGGAGAAGAAAAAAUGGCUGCAGCGCAGGAGGGACGAAGAGAGGUUGCACUCACAGGAGAAGAAGACCAACGGGUCUAGCUAG